GGGAGACCAGAUAUAGUGAAUGCAGGGUCUGGGGAGACCAGAUAUAGUGAAUGCAGGGUCCGGGGGGGAGACCAGAUAUAGUGAAUGCAGGGUCCGGGGAGACCAGAUAUAGUGAAUGAGGGGUCCGGGGAGACCAGAUAUAGUGAAUGCAGGGUCCGGGGAGACCGGAUAUAGUGAAUGAGGGGUCCGGGGAGACUGGAUAUAAUGAAUGUAGGGUCCGGGGAGACCGGAUAUAGUGAAUGCAGGGUCCGGGGAGACUGGAUAUAAUGAAUGCAGGGUCCGGGGGGACCAGAUAUAGUGAAUGCAGGGUCCGGGAGAGCAGAUAUAGUGAAUGCAGGGGUCCGGGGAGAGCAGAUAUAGUGAAUGCGGGGUCCGGGGAGACCAGAUCUAGUGAAUGCGGGGUCCGGGGA